AUGUCUUGCUACGAGCAGUGCAAACAGCCCUGCCUGCCCCCUCCCAUUUGCGUGCAGAAAUGCACCAAGUGCGUGGAGCCCUGCAAGACGGUGUGCGUGGAGCCCUGCGGCAGCGUCUGCGUGAAGCCCUGCUCCACACCGUGCGUGGAGGUCUGCCCGGUGCCCUGUGCCACCCAGUCCUGCAGCACCCAGUGCGUGGAGCCCUGCAGCACCCAGUGCACCACGUCCUGCAUCACCCAGUGCGUGGAGCCCUGCACCUGUGCCACCCAGUCCUGCAGCACCCAGUGCGUGGAGCCCUGCAGCACCCAGUGCGCCACGUCCUGCAGCACCCAGUGCGUGGAGGUCUGUCCCCCUAAGUGCAUCGACGUCUGCGUAAAGCCGUGUGAUGCUCCGUGCCCAACCCAGUGCUGCACCCAGUGCGUGGAGCCCUGCAGCACCCAGUGCUGCACCCAGUGCGUGGAGCCCUGCCCGUGCGUGGAGGUGUGUGCCACCAAGUGCGUCGAUUCAUGCGACACGGUGUGCCUGGAGCCGUGCAGCACGGUCUGCUCUCGCCCGUGCUGA